GAUGUAAUCAAAAGAGAUAGAUAAUAAAUAUCGGUAUCACCUUCGAUAAAAUGUUAAUCCUCAAAAUGUAUCAGUAUUACUCAAAUACUUUGUACGAGCACAUCAUUUAGCCAUGGCUAAGAUAAAUAGCAAAUACAGCGAUGAACUUGCACAAGAAUGCUUGGAAUGGGUCAAAACCAUUACUGGAGAGCCCGAAAAUGUUAGCGGCGAUAUGGACAAUUUUUACGAAGUAUUGAAGGACGGCACACUGUUGUGCAAAUUAGUGAACUCUCUGCAAGCUGGUUCUGUAAAGAAAGUCAAUGAGAGCAAAAUGGCUUUUAAAUGCAUGGAGAAUAUAAAUGCUUUCUUGGAAGCGGCUAAAGCUAUGGGCGUUCCUGCGCAAGAAACUUUCCAAACGGUUGAUCUGUGGGAAAGACAAAAUCUUAACUCUGUUGUCAUUUGCCUACAAUCAUUAGGGCGAAAGGCUGGAAAUUAUGGUAAACCAUCAAUUGGACCAAAAGAAGCUGAUAAGAAUGUGCGCAACUUCAGCGAGGAGCAAAUGCGUGCUGGUCAAGGUGUUAUUUCACUACAAUAUGGCUCAAACAAAGGUGCUACACAGAGUGGCAUCAACUUUGGAAAUACUAGACAUAUGUAGACAUUUACUUAUUUAAAAUUAGUUAGAUAUGUAAGAGACCAAUUAAAUAAUUCCAAAUUAUAUGUGUAUAUAGACAAUAGAAGCAUGGCCUCACUCUUGUGAUGUGCAAAUGUUUAAACUUCCAAAUUUAAAUAUGAAAUUAUUUUGUUACCAAUGUAUUCAUUAAUUUCACUUGAUUCAAAAUCACUAUUUUUAUAUAUAAAAUAUAUUGUUC